UAUAAAUAAACAGAUUUCAUUGUUUUUAACACAUAUAAAAUUUUUAAUACAACUUAAAAUAAACAUUUUGACGUUCGACAAUCAUUUGCUGACAUUUGUGCUUUCGAUCAAAAUAACAAAUGUCUGAGCGUAUGAGUAAUAUUGAGCAACUACUCGCCUCUUCUCUCUUCUCUUUCGAGUAAUAAUGCUCAAAUCCUUAUCUGUGAGCAUCCUAACACUUCUCCUAAUGAAAUAUUCUAUUCUCUAGCCGUAUCUCUAUCGCUCUCUUUAUUUCCCAUAUAUGCACUGAGGCUUCUCUUGUACCACUCAUUUAUCCAUUUCUCUUGCUUGCUCCCACUUUUGCAAAUUCAUCAAUAGAGCAAUACGCGCAAUUCAUUUUUGUUUACAUUCUCGUCGUUUGUUUUCGAAACAAGUGUCCCCAAACUACAACCAUAAAAAUGCCAAGACAAAUAAACACAGCAACAAUCAAAACAAAUACAACAAUUAAAAUGCAAUAUAAGUUUAUGGAAGAAAGUGGGUAGAAAUGAGUGGUGUAUACGUGCAAAUUUGUAUUUGUUUAUUUAUUUACUUUCGGUUUUACCUUUUUUGCUUCGUGUAAUUUGGCUAUACACAACAUAAACAAACAUACAGCACACAGUCGCACAUGUUCGUCGAAAAUUAAACUGCGAGACAAAAUGCCGCGAUCGUACGAUGAUGGCAGCGAUGAGCCAUCAGGCUGUGGACCGCUGAUUGCAGCUGGCAAGCGCCGAUGGAGGGUAAACUUUUAGACGAAGACGAAACGCUGACAAUGUCGACACUUGACGAGGCGGCAAGGCGACUAUGACUAUGACGAUGACGAUAUUCUCGCUGAUUGCAAUUGUGUUUGCUGUUAAUUAUUAAAUUGUGUUUGUUGGUAAUAAUUACGUUGAGAUGUAGCGAAUACGAUUGUGGUUGUGGUGUGCGCUCAAGUGUUGAGUAUUCGCACGGCGAGUGCUGUGAGAUGAAAAAUGUGUUGUUUUGCGUGUGGUUAUAAAAAAGGGGAAAAAUACGUGCAUACCUCUAGAUGAACACGUACAUACAUACAUACAUACAUAUGUAUUGCUUGAGCAAUAAAUAUCUUUUGUGUGUUCAUCAUACAUAUGUACAUGAAUUAAGGAAGAAAAGUGUGAAAUUAAGUAGUAAAAUAAUUUACAUGUAACUAAGUAGUGCAAUUAAACAGAAUUAAAAAUUUCAUAUUAUAAAUCACAUCUACGCAAAUAAAAGGUGCCGGUGUAAAAGCAAAAUUAAUUUUAUGAGUGUUUAAACGAAUUUGUGUGCGCUUCAUUUGGAUUAUGGAAAAUGUUAAUGCAACAGCAACAGCAGCCACUUUACACCAACAACAACAACAAUUACAACAGCACCAGCAGCUGCAGCAACACCACCAAGAACAACAGCAACAACAUGAACAUCAACAGCAAUUUUGCUUGCGUUGGCAUAACCAUCAGACCAGUCUUCUGAGCACACUCCCAGUGCUUUUAGAUCAGUCUCACCUUACCGAUGUCACUAUUUCAGCAGAGGGACGUAUGCUGCGUGCACAUCGAGUUGUGCUCAGCGCAUGCAGCACUUUUUUCCUGGAGCUCUUUCGAACCUUGGAUGCCACCAAUCAUCCCAUAAUAAUCAUACCAGGCGCUUCGUUUGCCGCCAUAGUGGCACUGCUAACCUUCAUGUAUUCCGGUGAGGUGAAUGUCUACGAAGAGCAGAUACCUAUGUUGCUUAAUCUGGCUGAGACCUUAGGCAUUAAAGGGCUUGCAGAUGUCCAAAAUAAUUUACAGAAAUCAAAUAGGCGUGCUGCUACUGCACCACCAGCGCCGCCUCAGCAGACACAUGAUUUUCUAGAUGCACUGCGCAAAGAGGAGUCCGACACCUCGCCCACCCCACCCUCUCCGCCGCCGUCAUCAACAGCGAUGGCUCCGCCUACGUUGCCUCCCCCUUUAGCUUGCACCGUGCCACCGCCGACCGCGCAACUACCCCUGCUUUCCGCCGCCACAAUGCCAAAUGCCUUCAGUUCACCGCUGCUCGGCAGUAAGUUGCCUACACCCUUGGAAAGCUUCUUCCUAAAGUCACUGCAGUUUUAUCCGAAUUUGCUGCCACAACCACUUAAUUUCUCACAAACGGCGUUGAACAAGACCAGCGAGUUAUUGGCUAAAUAUCAGCAGCAAUGCAGCAGUUUGUACCAAGACGCGUUGGGCGCAUCGUCCAAGGAUAUUUUACCAACAUUCGGUGCUGAAGAUUAUGUGGCAGCUACGCAACUAAACACGGGAGCACUAGAAGAUGGUGGGGGAGGUUAUGGCGCAGCAAAGCGAUUUUGCCUGGGUGAAAAACAACGACAAUUGACGGUACUACCCACACAGCCGCAGACUUCGCAUCUUCAUUAUCAGCAGUCGCAGUCACAGCAAACGCAUAUUCCACAUACACUGUUGCAUACCCAACCAAACUCACAACAACAAAAAGACAUAAAACGUAUCGAUAAGAUUGUAGAAAAUUUGCGUAAGACACCGUUGGGCAGCGAAAGCGGCUUAACGACACAUGGAUCACAGGUGUUGCAUCAACAGCGACAAUCACCGCAACAGCAACAACAUUUACAAAGUCAACUUCAAGCACCGUCGCUAAGUGUAAAGACCACGUUGAGCGGUAAUUAUACACCCAAUUUACAAACACCUCAUUUGAGCAGCAAUAAACCGCCUUGGUCCAGCUCUCCGGCACCAGUAGCUGGCACCACACAGACUCAAUUGCAGCAGCAUCAUCAACACACUCAGGCGAUGUCUUAUUUGAGUGCAGAAGAUCAAGUGGCCAAGCUGCAACAACAAAUAGAUCAGUUUGCUAGCUGUAGCCAUAGUACCACAUCUGCAGUGGCAACGACUUCAACUGGUGUCAACAGCUCAGAAGCAAAGGCUAACGCGCAAACCGAUGGAAAUCUACUAUCUGGAUUGACGGAGAAGCCACCGACCGGCGUGUCAAACUCGUCGAAUGCGCCAAACGCCAACCCGCAGCCAAAACCGCCGUCGAAUUCAAAGUUGUAUGCAACAUGCUUCAUCUGCCACAAACAGCUCAGCAAUCAAUAUAAUUUGCGUGUACAUCUAGAGACACACCAGAAUGUGCGCUAUGCUUGCAAUGUUUGUUCGCAUGUGUCGCGCAGCAAAGAUGCACUACGCAAGCACGUUUCCUAUCGCCAUCCCGGCGCACCGUCGCCUUGCGAAUCAGAAGCACGCCGCAAGCGUGCUACCAAAGCGGCAAACGCAUCACCACCUGUUGCCACCGUCACCACGUCAACAAGCUCGGGAGCUUCAGGUAGCGGUAGCGGAACACCCACUUCACCUGUUGCUGCAGUCAGCGCGCCGUUUCAACUAAAUCCACUCGGCACGAUUGCCAACUCAGUGACUGCUACGUCGGCUAGUGCGAGCGGGGAAACCGGCAAUACGUCUACAUUGAAUGCAGAGGCGCAAAUGGCGGCGGCAGCACAGUUGAGCUCUGCUUAUAUGUUUUUGCCGAAUCAAUUUCAUUUAGCGGCAGCAGCAGCUGCCGCUGCGCAACAACAACAGCAGCAGCAACAGCAAUUGCAAAAUGCUAUAGAUGCUUCAAAUACAGCAGCAGCAGUGGCAGCUUUAAGCUUUGCAGCCACCUCGACGUCGUCUGCUACACCGACUACAGCAACUGCUUCAAAUGGGGAGGAUGGCAGUGCAGGGGCGUUGGCCAAUAAUGUGCACAUUAAACGUGAGCCCAGUCCAGUCGUUGGCAGCCCGGUCACAAGGCAGCAAACUGGCAGUAAUAAUAACAGUUUGGGCGGUUUAGCGGACUUAAGUCCAACAAAUGUGCCGUAGUGUAAACGGUUUUUGUUCAUAUUUUAGUCAGUAGUACGGUUUUAGUAUCAAUUAUCCUUUCCUCAUUUCACAUUUUUUGGUUUUUUUAUAUACGGAUCAGCUUUAUUAUAUACAUUUUUAUUUUGAAGUGUAACAAGUUUGCUACUAGAUUUAAGUCCUUAAGAGACUUUUUACACAAAUGAUCCCAUCGUUAGCCCCGGCUGUGAUAAUUAGUGGAACAUAUUUAAUCUAUUUAUUUGAUUUUAAUUUGUUUUUUUACUCAUAUUAAAAACUACUCUAAUUAGAAAAACCCAUCAGCAAUAAUUUUAAAUAUUCCUAUACAAACAACCUUUGCCACUCAAAGAAUGUAAUGUAUUUUUUCAAUUGCUUUAUGGCAACGCUUUUUGACAACGAAAGGAAACGGAAAACUUUGCAUUGAAGUAGUAUUGCCGUAUCCGAGGAGUUAUGUCGAUUGUACGGUUGCAUUUUUCUCUUUUUUAUAUAAACACAAAAUAUAGUAAUUUGUUUUUGUUUUUAUUCCAAGAGUUGAGUAAAUGCCAAAGUAGUCUUUAUUAACCCCACAUCUACACGUUUCAUAGAUUAUGAUAAAAAAAAAACUAUUGUAUGUUAAAACAGAAAUAUCAGGUGGAGACAGCCAAUUUCACUGUUAAAUUUAUUGCCAUCACUGUUUUAAUUUGGCUGCCAUCUCGUAGUUUAACAACUUAAUUUUCAUUUUACCAAGCCAUUUGCACGCGCGAAUACAGCGAUUCCAAAUUGCUUGAUGCCAUUUUAAAAAUUAAAAGUUCAGACAGCGAGUGCCUACAUGAGAAAACGGGACAAAGUCAAAACAAAAAUUUUACAGACAUAUUUAGAGGAAGGUGUAAAUAUGGGGUAAGGAAAUAUUUUAUUUAUAAAUCUGUUCAUGUUUAAGUGAAAACAAUUACGUCUACCAUUUUAUAUCUAUUUUAAUUCAACCAGUUAGUACCAGGUUAAAUACUAUUCGAGGCUUUUCAAGUACAUUAAAUUUACAAACGUCAUAUAAAUACAUACAAAUAGAGUUUUUAAUACUUAAAGUAACGAAAAUACUCAAAAAUGUUAAAGAGAAAAUUAAUUUUUAAAACUGUUUAAAGAAAAUGUUAAGCAAAGCACAAUACUAAAUACUUGUGGAAGACUCAAUGCAAAAAAACAAAAAAAAAUUAAUUGUGUGCAUUAUACAAACCAUACAAUUGAAAAAAUUUAUAAGCCUUAUUUAUUUAAACACAAUUAUUUACUAACAUUUUUGAAAAAAAACUGUUUAUUGUUAUAGUAAAUGCAAUUAUAUGGAAAGACACUAAAGUUGAUCAAAAGUAAGGCAUACACUUAAUACACACAUACUGAUGUAUCUAUUUUCAUAAUACACACACACACAUUUUAGCCAGGACUUUCAAAAUUAUUUUAUUUUAGGCUGUAAGUUAAAAAAGGCACAUUUUUAUACAAAAAAAAAGAAAAAAUGACUUUUAUACACAAACAACACACACAA